AGCGGGGGAGCGCGGCUGCAGCCUUGGCGAGGCCGGGAGGAACGAAGAGGAGAGACGAACUGAGGAUCGAGCAAAACACCCAAGCAAAAGAAAAUAAAGUAUUUUAUCUUCCAAACUAGAUGGCCAUAUUUACAUGUGAACUGGACAAUGGCAAUUGAAUGGGUUUUGAAACGUGUCUAAAGUUUGAUGGGCUGCAUCUACCUUCUGCCUUCUUUCCACCUUUUAAAAAAAGAAAAACUGGGAUGUUUGUGAAGAGAUCUAUAUUAAAGGAAGAGAGUUGCAAAUGGCUUCAGAAUCUAUGAGUGCAAAACAAACUAGGAAUCAGUUGACAAAGGGAAAAAGGCAACAGCACCAGCAAAUAAAGAACAGAUCUUCAGUUAAUGAUGGUGAUGGAGAAGACUUCUUUAUAUUUGAAGCAAAUGAAGCUUGGAAAGAUUUUCAUGGUUCUCUUCUUCAAUUUUAUGAAAACAGAGAACUCUGUGAUGUCACACUAAAGGUUGGCUCAAAGCUAAUCUCUUGUCACAAGCUGGUAUUGGCUUGUGUUAUUCCCUACUUCAGAGCCAUGUUUCUCUCUGAAAUGACUGAAGCCAAGCAAGCGCUUAUUGAGAUCAGAGAUUUUGAUGGUGAUGCAAUAGAAGACUUGGUAAAGUUUGUCUAUUCUUCCCGGCUCACUUUGACUGUUGACAAUGUCCAGCCUCUCUUAUAUGCAGCCUGUAUACUGCAGGUUGAACUGGUGGCUAGAGCUUGUUGUGAAUACAUGAAAUUACAUUUUCAUCCCUCCAAUUGCCUGGCUGUACGAGCUUUUGCAGAAAGUCACAAUCGGAUAGACUUAAUGGACAUGGCAGAUCAGUAUGCCUGUGAGCAUUUUACUGAAGUCGUGGAAUGUGAAGACUUUGUAAGCGUGUCACCCCAGCACCUCCAUAAGCUUUUGUCCUCCAGUGAUUUAAAUAUUGAGAAUGAAAAGCAGGUCUAUAGUGCUGCCAUCAAGUGGCUUCUUGCCAAUCCUCAGCAUCAUUCUAAAUGGUUGGAUGAAACGCUUGCACAGGUUCGUCUGCCAUUGUUGCCAGUUGAUUUUCUUAUGGGUGUUGUGGCAAAAGAACAGAUUGUCAAGCAAAAUCUAAAAUGUAGAGAUUUAUUGGAUGAAGCAAGAAAUUACCACCUUCACUUGAGUAGCAGAGCAGUACCUGAUUUUGAAUACUCCAUUCGGACUACCCCAAGAAAGCAUACUGCUGGUGUGCUGUUUUGUGUAGGUGGUCGAGGUGGAUCUGGUGACCCCUUUCGCAGUAUUGAGUGCUAUUCUAUCAACAAAAAUAGUUGGUUUUUUGGACCAGAAAUGAAUAGUCGGAGGCGACAUGUGGGUGUAAUCUCUGUGGAAGGUAAAGUGUAUGCAGUUGGUGGACAUGAUGGAAAUGAACAUUUAGGUAGCAUGGAGAUGUUUGAUCCUCUCACUAAUAAGUGGAUGAUGAAGGCAUCAAUGAACACAAAGAGGCGAGGAAUUGCCUUAGCCUCUCUAGGAGGCCCAAUUUAUGCAAUUGGAGGGUUAGAUGACAACACUUGCUUCAAUGAUGUGGAAAGAUAUGACAUAGAAUCUGAUCAGUGGAGUACAGUGGCACCAAUGAAUACUCCCCGUGGAGGAGUUGGCUCUGUGGCUCUAAUAAGCCAUGUUUAUGCAGUAGGUGGCAAUGAUGGAGUGGCUUCUUUAUCUAGUGUGGAAAGGUAUGAUCCACAUCUGGAUAAGUGGAUAGAAGUUAAAGAAAUGGGUCAACGAAGAGCAGGCAAUGGAGUUAGUGAGCUCCAUGGUUGCUUAUAUGUUGUUGGUGGCUUUGAUGAUAAUUCUCCUCUGAGUUCAGUUGAGCGGUAUGACCCUCGAAGCAACAAGUGGGAUUAUGUAGCAACACUUACCACUCCCAGGGGCGGAGUGGGGAUCGCAACAGUGAUGGGCAAAAUCUUUGCGGUUGGUGGUCAUAAUGGCACUGCAUACCUAAAUACAGUGGAAGCAUUUGAUCCAGUGCUGAAUAGGUGGGAGCUUGUUGGAUCUGUAUCUCACUGUAGAGCUGGGGCAGGUGUAGCUGUGUGUGCCUGUUUAACUAGCCAAAUUCGAGAUGUAGGUCAUGGAUCCAGUAAUGUGGUUGACUGUAUGUGAUUUGAAUUCCAGCCACCAAAUUUAAUCUUAUCUGAGGCAAGAAAGAUGACCAGGAUUGUGAUAUGGCCAUCUUUGAGCAAUUUUGACUGUAACUAGAGUCUUACUCAAAAGUUGACUAAUGUAUUAUGACUAAGUCCAACUUUUAGAAUGGUAGCUAAAGAAUUAUUAUUAAUAAAAUUAAAUUUGAUAAUUCCUGUAUUAGUAAAUAAUGGAAUAAGGAAGGAAGACAGUUUAAUUUGAAACCAUACCUCCUCUGAACACUGUUUAAAAUAGUGCCAAAACCUUUAAAUCCUU